GAGAAACCGCGCGCGCUCCCGUGAAGUUGUGAGGGAGCGGGGCGCGCGCGGCUUUCCAGCUGUGCGGCUGUCUGACGUGGCAGAGAAUCCUACUCUCCGUCUUCCCUGUAAGCUGCCGGUACUCUAAGGAGUUGGGACAGGAGCGGGCUGACAGAAUACAUCAGCUGAAGACUCUGCUGCUAAUGAACAGAUAAUUAAAAUGAGUCAGCAAGGCUACGUUGCACCACCUCCUUUCUCUCAACCUCAGCCUGGAUUGGGCGGAUAUCCCCCUGGUUAUGGAACACCCUUGUCGACCCCUUCCUUUGCAAACUAUGGAGGCUCAAGUACUACUACUCCAUCCCAGCCAGCCAUGCUGAAAUCUGCUGUGCCAAUUGGAUCUCCGCCUCCAUUGACCUCUCCAGUGUCUGCUCCAAAUAAUUCACAGAACGGUCCAAAUUUCUCUGGAAAUGUAAUGCCAAGAGUUCAAGGACCUCCAGCACCUAACAACACAUCCUCUCCUUAUGCACCAUAUGGUCAUCCACCUCCACACACAAACAGUGCUGUUCUGACACCAGUCCAUCAAGUGACUAACCAACUCAACAACAUGCAAAUUGGCAAUUAUGGUCCUCCGUCUUCAAGUAAUUCUCAGAUACCACCUGGCCCAGCCAUGCCAGCAACAUAUCCUAGUCAGACUCGACCAAUGCCUCCUGUACCUCCUGCACCACAUCUUCUUCCACCCCUAUCAAAUAACCAAAAUGGCUUACCUUCAGAACCCUUUUUACAGACAGGACCCAUGCAAGAAGGAAUCGCUGGCCAUCAUAAUUUCCUAUCACAAAAUCUGACACAGCCUCAAAUUGGAUACCUACCACCAAACUCAAACAACUAUGGAGGUCAGUUACCUGGACCAACUAUGUCUUAUCCUGGUGCAUAUCCUGGAAAUCAGCCACAAAUGUCAGGACCACCUCAAAGAAAAACAGAUCCAGAGUCUAUUCCUAGCCCUAUACAGGUGAUUGACAGUGAUAAAAUAAACAGAGCAGGGCAGGUCUAUACCACCAAUGUCCGAGGACAAGUCCCUCCUCUUGUCACAACAGAAUGUACAAUUCAAGAUCAAGGAAAUGCAAGUCCUCGUUACAUUAGAUGCACAACAUAUUGCUUUCCUACCUCCUCUGAUAUGGCUAAACAGUCUCAGAUUCCACUUGCAGUUGUCAUCAAACCGUUAGCUGUGGUUCCCCAAAAUGAGACACCUAUUUAUCUUGUGAACCAUGGAGAGUCUGGGCCAAUCCGAUGUAACCGGUGCAAAGCUUAUAUGUGCCCAUUUAUGCAGUUUAUAGAAGGAGGAAGAAGAUAUCAUUGCGGAUUUUGCAGCUGUGUCAAUGACGUGCCACCAUUUUACUUUCAACAUCUGGACCAUAUUGGCAGAAGGGUUGACCACUAUGAAAGACCAGAGCUCUCUCUCGGAUCUUAUGAAUAUGUUGCUACAUUGGAUUAUUGCAGAAAAAACAAGCCUCCAAAUCCACCCGUAUUCAUCUUCAUGAUAGAUGUUUCCUACAAUAAUAUAAAGAAUGGUGUUGUCCGGUUAAUAUGCGAGGAGUUGAAGGUUCUGUUGGAGAAGCUUCCAAGAGAGGAGAAUGCAGAAUCAUCGGCAAUUAGGGUUGGAUUUGUCACAUAUAACAAGGUUCUACACUUUUACAAUGUCAACAGUAACCUGGCCCAACCUCAGAUGAUGGUGGUUACAGACACGGCUGAAGUUUUUCUUCCUCUGUUGGAUGGAUUUCUAGUCAACUUUAAUGAAUCAAAAUCAGUGAUUAACAAUUUAUUGAGUCAGAUCCCCGAGAUGUUUGCUGAUACUAAUGAAAGUGAAACAGUCUUCGCUCCUGUUAUCCAGGCUGGAAUGGAGGCACUGAAGGCAUCGGAAUGUGUGGGCAAGCUUUUUAUCUUUCAAUCAUCCCUACCAACUGCAGAGGCACCUGGGAAGUUAAGAAACAGAGACGAUCGGAAGCUAAUAAAUACUGACAAAGAAAAGACUCUUUUCAUGCCCCAGAGUAAUGUUUAUGAAAACCUGGCCAAGGAAUGUGUGGCCAGUGGAUGCUGUGUCGAUCUCUUCCUUUUUCCUAACCAGCAUGUGGAUAUAGCCUCCAUGGGAAUUGUGACAAUGCAAACAGGAGGCACCCUUUAUAAAUACAGUCAAUUUCAGGUGCACACAGAUGGUCAGCAAUUUAUAAGUGAUCUUAGGAAAGAUAUUGAAAAACGAAUAGGAUUUGAUGCAAUCAUGAGAGUUCGCACAAGCACAGGUUUCAGGGCUACAGAUUUCUUCGGAGGAAUCUACAUGAGCAAUACUUCUGAUGUAGAAAUGGCUGGUGUGGAUUGUGACAAGGCAGUCACUGUGGAGUUUAAGCAUGAUGAUAAACUCAAUGAGGACACUGGAGCUGUAAUACAGUGCGCAUUAUUGUACACAACUAUCAGUGGUCAAAGACGCCUUCUUAUCCAUAAUAUCAGUCUCAGCUGUAGCUCUCAGAUGGCAGAUAUCUACAAGAGCUGUGAAACAGAUGUCCUCAUAAACUUCUUUGCUAAAUCAGCAUACAAAGCAGUGCUUCACCAUCCUCUGAAGUCCGUUCGUGAUGUGUUGAUUAGUCAGACGGCACACAUGCUGGCAUGCUACAGAAAGAAUUGUGCCAGUCCUUCAGCUGUCAGUCAGCUCAUCCUUCCAGACUCCAUGAAACUGCUCCCUGUAUAUAUGAACUGCUUGUUAAAAAAUGAGGUGCUGAUUGGCAGUCCUGAAGUUCCCACCGAUGAACGAGUAUUUCAAAGACAGCUUGUUAUGUGCAUGGACGUGGCAAGUUCUCAACUGUUCUUCUACCCACAGCUUCUACCAAUACACACUAUUGAUGUAAAGAAUGACUCCAUCCCCACACCGGUGCGCUGCUCUGAGGAACGCUUAUCUGAGGGUGGGAUAUUCCUGCUGGCCAAUGGUAUAAAUAUGUACAUGUGGCUGGGUUUGAAUUCCCCUCCAGAGUUCAUCCAAGGGAUUUUUAAUGUGCCUUCCUUUGCGCAUAUCACACCAGAAGCUACUUCUCUUCCGACAGUGGACAGCCCCCAUUCUAAAAAACUGAGGUCAAUUAUGGAAGCCGUUCAGAAGAAAUGUCCAUACUCUAUGAAGCUUAUCCUUGUGAAGCAGAAGGACAAGGCUGAGAUGGGCUUACGGCAGUUGCUGGUAGAAGACAAAGGUCUAUUAGGGGGAACUUCAUACAUGGAUUUCCUCUGUUGUGUGCACAAAGAGAUCCGUCAGCUUCUUACCUAACUACUAUGCAGAACCUUCCACAAACCAAUAGAGAUAACUUGAGAAAAUCCAUGUGAUACCAAAGCCUGAUCUGCAGUUCUUAGUCUGGUUUAGUUUAUGCAUGCUUUAAUUCAACGAGAAAUAAGAGACUCAGGUAAACGUUAAACAAAUGAUUUCAGUUUGCAGAUGAGCAGGAGACUCCGACAUGAUCUGUUAUAUCAGUCAGAACCGGUUCACUGUGAACAUUCUUUGUGGAAAAAAAAGACACAGACUGUGUGCUUGAAUAUUCCAUCCUAUCCAUCCAUGAUGCCAUUAAUCAUUUCUGUAUAGAGCAAAUAUGUAUGUUUUAGGUAUUGCAUUCAAUCCACAAAUUCAAAAAAACAAGUGAAAGGUGCAUCAUAUUUAUAGCUGUACUAAAGAUGCCUCUCCUUAGAAGAUACAAGAUAAUAAUAUCCUAUACAAUGGGCUGUGAUGACAAUAUGGUGCAUAUAAAUUAUGCUCUUUAAACAGGUUAUCUAAAAAAGAAAAUAAUAUUCUGAACGUAAUAUUUCCAAACUGCAUGGCAGUAAUACUUGGUGCCUUUCUACAGACUUGACACAAUAACCUGAGUGAUCUUGUCCGUUCAGUGCCUGUACACAAAUCCAGCCUGUUUUCAUACUGUAUAUCUGUUUCUCUGUUCUAAACAUAUUUGUUAUAAACCUGAAUAGUAACCCGGGUACUGUUAAAUGAUCUGUUCAUGAAUUCCGAUUCAGAUAUAAUCUCAGCAAAUUUAUUUUAAUGGUGCCAGCCAGAUAAAUAAGAUCUUUCCAUUAGGGUAACAUAGGAGUGUUUUCAUACAGAAUGACCUGAGGUACAGUGAAUUGUGUGGGGGUGAGUAUGUGAUUGAUCCUAACUCCUGCAUGGUGGCUAUGGGGUUCCUAAGAUAUAUUUAAAAAAAAAAAACCUCAUGUCUAGGGGCUCUACAAUUCAAGUAAAGUCUUUUCCUGUGACACAUGAAUGUUUUAUUGUUUGCAGAAUUGGUGGUUUGAUAUGGAAAUCUUACCCCAUAUCAACAGAGGUUUCUUAAGGCGAAAAUGAAUAAAAUAUUCAUAUUUAAUUGAAAGAAUCUAAGCACACCUUGUGGCACAACUUCUCUAUAGUCAUGCAGUACCUGUGCGUUCCAUGUCCAGCCCUCAGUAUUAUUUAUUUGUCUACUUUGAAGGAUUCCCCCCAUGUGAGAAUGAUUCUUAGUGGAAAUGUUGUGGCAAGCACUAGAGUGAAGUUUGUGCAUCAGAUUUUAGAAGAUGCAAUAUAAAUGAUUCUCUCUGUGCAGAAUAGCCUGUUCCCCUAUGACUGAAAACUAGUAAAAUAAAGAAGAGGGAAACGCUCAGUGUAAAAAGGGUGUUUGGCUUUAUAUGGUUAUUUCCCUCCUUCUGCUGCAGAGCAUCUGCACCUUGACUGCAAUAUGUUGAAUGCAGAGCAAAGACGGGUAUUGUCAAGGUAAUGCUCUGCAGCAGAAGCAGGAAAUGAGUGUAGAUGGGUUAAUUAUAUAUUUUAUUACUCUGUUGCUUCAUAUUGUUUUUCUGUUUAUACUAUAAGGCUCUAUCACUUUGUAACCCUUUUACUUCAAGUACAGUUCAGCACACCUUGCCCCUAGUUUGUACCUCUGUUUCUGGAGGUGUGAAUAAUGCUCAUCUUCUGGAGUAAAAUAAUAAAAAAAAAGAAAGAUUGCCUUAUUUGAACAGUACUUUAGUGUAUCUAGCUGCUUUAACAUUUGAGGGGGUCAGGAGAUUGGGAGAUAAAGGGACUACAGGUAAAAUAAAUGCACACAAAGAUUAUCCAUGAAUGAAAGACUGUAGUGUUAUGUGUAGAAAUGGAUGUUGCCUUGCAGUUUUACCUAAUGUGCACUGUUAUCUACAUCUCAAAUAUCAUUCCAAUGUAAAUAUUAAAAAGCAGAGUCACAAAAUAAA